AUGCACCUGGGCUGCAAAAGGCGCUUUCCAUGCUGCUGCAGAGGAGCUUCCUGUAGCUAACAGGACAAAUAAUAAUAACAACUUCGCAAAUUAUAGCAACUUCUUUUAUUUUGUCAGAAAUAAGAGAGAGAGAGAGAGAAAGAAAUUUCCAGUAUGGCUCCAUUUAGCUUAAUGACAGUGGGCGCUAAUCUUUUGGCCAAAUCUUGGGGUCUGUUUUCAAGUGCAGUUACUGUAAGGUGCACUUGUGUCGCUCCAGCGUUAAAACACUUCAGCACUACAGCUGGUGGUCCUCCAAAAAGGCCUCUGACUGCGUACAUGCGAUACGUGAAGGAACAGCAGCCCAUCGUGGUCAAACAGAACCCAGAUAUCAGAGUUGUGGACGUUGUCCGAAAGAUAGCACAGCAGUGGCGAACCCUGACACCAGAGGAAAAACAGCCUUUCGAAGAAGCGUCCAUAGCAGCCAGGCAGCAGUACAAAGUUGACAUGAAAGUGUACCAGGAUCAGCUGACACCGGCACAGUCUGCAGCUAUCGCAGAGGAGAAAAGGCAGAAGAUGGCGAAAAGAAGAGCAAUCAGGAGGAAGAGGGAACUGAACAGUCUCGGCAAGCCCAAGCGCCCCAGGACAGCCUUCAACAUUUUCAUGGCAGAGCAUUUUGAAGAAGCAAAAGGAAGUACUAUGCCGGGCAAAAUGAAGUCUCUCUUUGAGGAGUGGACGAGUCUGUCCUCACCACAGAAACAAAUAUAUGUGCAGCUUGCAGAGGAUGAUAAAAUACGUUAUAAAAAUGAGAUGAAGGCAUGGGAGGAGCACAUGACUGAACUUGGGAGGGAGGAUCUCGUUCGACGGAAAGAGUCAAGACGUAAGAAGGCGGCGGCUAAAGGCGGCAAAAAGAAAUCUAGAGUGAAAGUGAUAAAGACCAAAGCACCUGCCAAGAAAGCAGCAAAUAAAAAGACUGCUACCGCUGAAAGAAAAACUCCAACGAGUAGCACUAAGAAAUGAGUGAGCGAGUGCUGUGUGUACUAGUGGGAAGGUGUGCGUUAAGAAAAGGGUUGUGCCGUCCUUAAUAAAACCGCUUUGGAGGGGUGCACACUUCCCUGAUUAGU